GGUUAACCCAUCUCCCAUCUACUCAAGUACAUUGCUAGCACGUACCUGUAGACCGUCGCAUUGAACCGCACUAUUGCUUUUCUGUAUCCUCGGAAUCAAUACUCUCAUUUUUCUGUAGCCAGUCGAUCGAUUUCUUUGAUUCUGAACAAUUGUGCACUGCGGGGGCCUUUUCACAUAUAUCUAAGAGACUGUUUAAUGCACCAUUCUCUGAACAAAUGGUGUUUCUGUUUUGAACAUGAAUCCAACUACACCUGGAGUUACUUUUAGACGAAGGAUCAAAGCAAAACUGACAUAUUCUUUUGUCGGUAUACUGAUUAGCACAGUGUUUUUGUUGAUUUACCUUAUUCGCAGUCAGUUUGACUCGGCCGGUGCUUGCUUGGCUUCAGUGAUCUUAUUGUUAGCUGGCUUCUAUGUGGAUGUACAAUUUCUCAGAGGUCACUGGCGGACUUGGCCGUACAUACUGACUAGGUUUUAUUGGGCUGGACUGAUAGCUUCUGUAGUUACACUGUCUUCCUCAUCGGCUGGGUUAUUAUACAUUUUGUAUGAUCAAAAGUUUCGGGUCACUCCUUUCAUUUGGAUUUUCAUCGCGGGGCACUGGUCACUUUUGUUAUGCUUUUCUUCAAAAAGGUUUCACACCAUUCACACGGAUUCAUACACGUUGCUGAAGGACAGCAAUUAA